UCCUAAGCUCACGGCAAAGGAGAUACAGGCUGAGAUAUUGAGGGAGUAUAAGAUGGAAGUUUUAGAAAACUCAUGCAUUAAGGCCAAGACGAAGGUGAUGAAAGAAAGGAGGAAGACCCAUGAGGAGCAUUUUGAUAAAAUCUGGGAUUACCAAGCAGAGAUAUUGAGGAGCAAUCCUGGAUCAACCAUGGAAAUUGAGACCAUACCAGGAGCCACGGUUGGAAGCAAGCAGCGGUUCUACAGACUCUACAUGUGUUUCCAAGCAAAAAGGAAGCAUGGAAGAAGACUUGUAGGCCUGUUAUUGGCUUAGAUGGAGCCUUUUUGAAAUGGGACAUCAAGGGACAGUUGUUGGCUGCGGUUGGAAGAGAUGGAGACAAUAGGAUUGUCCCUAUUGCUUGGGCUGUAGUGGAGAUAGAGAAUGAUACAAACUGGGAUUGGUUUGUGAAGCGUUUGGCCUUGGAUUUGGGAUUGGAAAAUGGGAACGGCUUUGUUAUAAUGUCUGACAAACAAAAGGGAUUAGUGAAGGCAGUUCAUACCCUCCUUCCAGAAGCUGAGCAUAGACAGUGUUGUCGCCAUAUCUACGAGAACUGGAGGAAAGGUGGAAAAGAUCUAAGGUUACAGAGGUUCUUCUGGUUCAUUGCAAGGAGCUACACUCCUGGUAUGUUCAACUACAACAUGGACGAGCUUAAGAACUAUGAUCCUGGCGCACAUGCAUCUCUGAUAAAGACAAAGCCAGAGACUUGGUCUAGAGCUUUCUUCAAGAUAGGCUCCUACUGCAAUGAUAAUCUGAACAACUUGUGUGAGUCCUUCAACAAGACCAUCAGGGAGCCUAGGAAGAAACCUCUGCUAGACAUGUUAGAGGAGAUAAGGCGCCAAUGUAUGACUAGGAACUACAAUAGGUCUAAGAUGGCUAAGGACAGGAAGACUAGGUUCACCCCGAAGACACAUAAAGAGUUAGACAGGGUUGAGAAGAAGUCAAAAGAAUGUAGUCUGCGUUGGGCAAUUGGGCCAGAGACUGAGGUGGAAGAUAGAGACCAGUCAUAUGUGGUGAAUUUGGAGAAUGAGACUUGUGCAUGUCGAAGCUGGCAAAUGAAUGGUAUUCCAUGCAUCCAUGCUGCUAAGGUCAUCCUUGGCGUGGGAAGAAAACUCUCUGAAUUUGUUGCUCCUUUCUACACAACCUCUAAGUGGCGUGAAACCUACAGUUUUGGGAUCAGACCUGUAAAUGGGAUGAUAGAGUGGCCUCGGACCAAUAGAUUAGGUGUGAUUCCACCACCUAAUCGAAAUGGCAAGCCUGGUAGGCCUAAAAACCAUGAUCGAAAGAAGGGAACCAAUGAGACAGUGUCUACUACCAAGCUGAGUCGUGCGAACAGGGUAAUGACAUGCUCUAAUUGCAAAGAAGAAGGGCACUACAAGAAUACAUGUCGGAAGGCUUUUGUUGAGAGCCCACCUAAGAAACCAAGAGGCAGACCAAGGAAAUAUCAGGGACUACACUUUGGCGAGUCACAAGCUCAAUCCUCAGAAGCUCAAACCUCACAAAAUCAAUCCUCACAAGCUCAAGCAUCACCAUGGGAAGUUCCUCAAUCUUCAGAAGGUCAAUCCUCACAAGCUCAACCAUCACGAUGGGAAGUUCCUCAAUCCUCACAAGCUGAAGCAGCAGCGUGGGGAAGAUGGUUUUUUUAG